UGUUUCUGUGCUUACCACUGUAGAGGACGUUGUGUUUUUCGUCGGAAGUGUCGUUGUGUACGUCAAUGUCAGUAUUGUUGUGUUUGCCGUCCGGUAUGUUGUUUUGUAGUGUUGCUGAGUUUGUCAUCCUGUGUGUUAAUGUUGAUGUUUUUAUGUGUGUCGUCUUGUAUGUCAAUGCACACGUUGGAGUGUUUGUCGUUGGGUAUGUUAAUGUCAGUGUUGAUCUUUGUGGUGUUAUGUAUGUGGUUGAGUGUGGGGUCUUGCGUAUGGAUUCGUGUAUCGAUAAGUGUGUCAUUGUGUGCGUCGUUGGGUAUGCUGUUGUGUGCGUCGUUGUGUGCAUGGAUAUGUGUUUUGCAGUGUGGGCCAUUACAUCUUUUCAAGUGUGUUUCUUUGAGUAUGUCCUUGAAUAUGUUUUUGUUCGUGUUGUACUGUCUG